AUGUCCAGCUCAAGGGAAGAAGCAGUCAAGCACCCUAUGUCCACCACAAUCAGCGACUGCUGUGCGUCCGGUCACUUGCACGAGGGCGAGCCAAACGGCAGGGAGGAGAAGGUGAACGGCUUGGACUGUUACAUCUCCGAGCCAGAGGAUGGCGACAGGAAGCUUGUCGUCCUCUUCGUCACCGAUAUCUUUGGCUACAAGUUGAAGAACUCGAAGCUGUUGGCAGACGAGUACGCCAAAGCCGGUUACUAUGUCUACAUGCCCGAUUUCCACCAAGGAGACUCUCUUCCCGAGUCUCUUCUGAACAAGAUUGCCCCAUCUGAGGCUGCGGAGCCUAAGAGUUUCUUCACCAAAAUUACCGAUACCGCGUCUGCCAUUGUUCAGUUCGGUCCUUGGCUCUUCCGUCACAGGGACGGUGUCACAAAGCCCUUGAUUGAGAGUUUCAUCAGCUACAUCAAGAACAACACAGAGCACCAGAAGAUUGCACUUGUUGGUUUCUGCUGGGGAGGACGUCAUGCCAUCGUCUUUGCUCAGAACCCGCCCAUCACUUGCUCUGUGGCUUGUCACCCGUCAAACGUCUCGCUCCCGUCCGAGGUUUACCCAGUUUCUGCUCCCACUGCCAUCUAUGCUGGUUCAGAAGAUUCUAUGUUUCCCCCGUCUUCAUGCGACACCGCCAAGGAAGUGUUUGAGAAGCUCGGAAUCCAAUAUGACAUUCGAGUCUUUGAAGGCCAGACCCAUGGCUUUGCUGUUCGCGGUGACUUGACGAAGGAGGCCAUCAAGAAUGCGAAGGAGGAGUGUACAAAGGCAACCAUCGCCUGGUUUGACAAGUUUAUGAAGAGGUAG